AUGGCUGAACUUGUAGAUGGAAGACCACCAAAUAAACGACAAAGAUUAUCAGAAACGUCGCUAACAGUGUCAACAACAGAUAGCACAGAUUUUAACUUGGGAAGCUUGUGGGAUUUGGAAAAUGAACUCCCAGAAGAACUUGCAAAUGACAAAAGAUUGAUUGCGUCAGAACUAGCAUCUGAACAAACUCGGCAGUUGCCAUCGAGUUCUGGUCAGAAUAUGCAGAAUGGUGUUUUAGAUCCAUCACUUAACCAAAGGGAUGAUGGUAUUGUACCAGUACAAAAAGCUCAGCAGUUAUCUCAUCUGCUACAAAAUAAGGUAGUGUCAAGUCUAGCAAGUUCCAAGAAUCCUUCAGGAAUGUGUAGUAACCAGACAGUUUCUAAUCUUAAUGUUCUAUUACAAAAUGUACAAAAUCCUCAUUCAAAUCUGACUUCUUCCAGUAUGAUUGGUAGUAGAGCUGGGACGCCAGUGUAUAAUGUUGUUCAUAACCAUAACACGAGUUCUGAAAAUUUACCAAAUACUCUGAUAAACAGUGGAUCAAGUAUGAAUGUAGGUAUUAAUUCAGGAAAUGUGGUUACAGAGGUUAACAGAAGUGGACUUUUAAGUUCCCAGGGAAAACUCUUGAACUCAACAAACAAUAUACCAAUCCACCUUCAUCAACAGACCCAACAGUCUAAAUUCUCCCAGCAUCAGUUGCAGCACCCUCACCAAACACAGCAGCUUCUUGAUGGAGAAGGAGUGAAGAAUGGUCCUCGCAUGACGUUAAACAGUCUUGGAGCUAUACGAGUGCCUACCACUAGUGUGUCGCCCAGUAACAUAACAUAUAAAACCUUGUUGGGCAGUGCAAUUCUUCAGAAUGCUACUCACCAAAACCUUCUUAGCCAGCUUACCAUCAAUACCUCUCAACCCGUGAAGCCAGCUCCAAACCACAACAUGUCUCCACUCCAGGCUGUAAAUCAAGGUCCAUUUCCUUCUCAAAACCCAACUGGUACAUCUGGUUUAGGUGCAGGGAGCACAACUUCACAGUCUGGAGGAAACCCUUCCACAACAGAUUCUGAAAAACUGAAGUUGAUCCAACAACAGUUAGUGUUACUCCUACAUGCACACAAAUGCCAGAGACGUGAAAACCAGGCCAAUGGUGAAGUUCGUCAGUGUUCGCUCCCUCAUUGCAGAACCAUGAAGAAUGUUUUGAACCACAUGACAACGUGUCAAGCUGGAAAAUCCUGCCAGAUUAAUCACUGUGCUUCAUCUCGGCAAAUAAUUUCUCACUGGAAGAACUGUAUAAGAAACGACUGUCCAGUUUGUUUACCUUUAAAACAGGCAGACAGAAAACAACAGCAGUUAGCUGGAGCACCUGUACAACAGAACCAAGCUAAUCAAGGUCCUGCACCAGCUGACAUGCAGCGAGCCUAUGCUGCUUUAGGUUUACAGUACAUUGCAGGAGGAAACAACAAUAAUGGCAACACCCAAGUUAUGCAACAGAGACUUGGACAGGCUCAAGGGAUUGGAGAAAUGCAGAACUUGAAUUACAUGUCUGUAACAUCUCGACAGAAUCAGCUGCAGCCUCUUGCUGCUGCACCUUCCAGCCAAGGAUCUCAGUCACAAGAGCUCAUCAGCACAACUGAUGCUUGUCAGAUCAAUUUGAUGGGAAGAAAUCUGAUGUCAGUGGGCUUAUCUGGUGAAAUAUUGAGUCAAAUAUCAUCCGCAGUACAUGCUUCUCCAGCAGAACCUUCUUCAAGAACCAAGACAUGGCAUCAGUCUGUGUCUUCUAAUCUGAGAAAUUGUUUGGUGCAAAAAAAUUGUGCAAACAAUCUUUCCAACUCCUGA